AUGAGCGUUGCCACGGAGCCAACCUUCCCAACACUGGUACGGAGGCGAAAUAAUGUCGCUCCUAUUUUCCACCCGACUCUGCGGCGCACACAGGAGGUGAUCCGGCGGCCGGAGUGGGUGCGGCACGCCGGCGAGGCCGUCUCCCACCGCGGCUCCAUUGGCGUCAUCAGUCUCUUUGGCAUCAUGUUCGCCAGCUGCCUCGGUGGUGGCUACGGCUUCGAGGACACUGUGGGUGCGGCCGGGCCACUGGUGACGCUCAUCUCGGGUCUCGUGUUGCCAUGGAUUUGGUGCCUGCCAACGGGCCUUGCGGUGGCUGAGCUCUCCACAGCAGUGCCGAGUAACUCAGGUGUUCUCAUGUGGGUGAACGCGGCAUUUCCACCGUAUGUUUCAUUUAUGUGUAUCAUAUCCACAAUAAUGAUCACAGUUGUAGGCAAUGCGACAUAUCCAAACUUGACAUCCGAGUACGUUAUGAACCUGGUGGAUCUGAACAAGGGACAGGAGGCUGCAGUGAAGAUUGGUGUCAUCGUCCUCUGCUGUUUCCUCAACUCUGUGGGUAUCGAAAUUGUCGGAUCGGCAUGUGUUGUUGUUUGCUUGAUUGCCAUCCUGCCAUUUCUGAUUCUUUCGUUUCAGUACCUAUUUACGAAAGGCCUUGAUUUCAAGGCCAUUUCGCACGUGGAUUUUUCCACCAUCGACUGGGCAACGUUCAUUAGCAUGGUGAGUUGGAACUACGCCAAUAUUGAGAAUGCUGGUGCAAUGGCGGAGGAGGUUGCGAAUCCGCGAACCACAUUCCCGCGCAUGAUGGUGCCACUCAUGUUUUCCUCCUACAUCGCUUACCUGCUCCCCACGCUGGUUGGUGUUAGUGUGCUGGGGCCCGAUCAGGACUGGUCUAAGUGGGAAGCAGGGCGCUGGCCGGACAUCGCGCAGAUGGUCUCGGGUGACUGGCUCAAGUAUUACCUCUUUGGUGGCGCCAUGGUGAGUGGUUUGGGCUUCACACUCACGUCAAUGUGUUGCACAAGUCGUUUGAUGGCGGGUAUGGGCACGAUGCAGAUGUUCCCAAAGAAGAUGUCACGUAUUAUUGGGUACUAUCACCCCACAAUCGGCACACCGAUCCCUGCUAUUGUCAUCAACGCAACGUUGACGCUGGUGUUUUCUGUCUCCAUGGACUUUGGUGAAGUUGUGGCGCUCUGCCAAUCCCUCUACCUGUUGCGCAUGGUGCUCAUCUAUGCCGCACUCAUCAAGCUGCGCAUUGAUUACCCGAAUCUGCCGCGCCCGUACGCGCUGCCGUGCAACACAGUUGCCGCUGGACUGUGCCUGCUACCAUCCGCCAUUUUCUGCGUUGUCGGCGCCAUUGUGUCUUCGACGGUGUCCCUCGCCAUUGGAAUGUCGCUCGUCGCUUUCCUCAUCGUGGGAAGCAUUGGCUCCUACCUGUACUGCCGCUAUGUUGCCCGAGGGGGCUUCCAGGGGGUAAUUGUGCAGUGCGAGGUGAGCGACGACGACGACGUCCCGGCGGAUGACGACGCCGACAGCGCGCAGAGGAAUCAGGGCGUCUUCUACAAGGACGGCUAUCAGGAGCAGGCAGGCGAGCUGCUGCUCGGCAUCCUGCCGAUGAGCGCCUCCGCGCCGGCUGAUGUUGAGCGCGAUGAGAAGAAGGAGGGACGCCAGGAGCCGUGCGGCAGCUGGGACACAGAAAACAUGUAUGACAGGGAGCCACUUUCACACUCGGCGCCAGCGGCGUUCCCGUCAUCCCUCGAGGCGCACAACGGUGUGCCACAAACUCAGGAGUUUUCCGGCGGUAACAAUGACGACGAGGAGGAUGACAAGAGUAAGAAAGUUCACAAGAUACACCGACCGAAUGGGGAUAACAGGGAAAUGUAG